CACCAGCGGCGGAGUAAAUAAUUGACUGUCUUCAGGUGAACUUUCCCUGCAGAGGUGAUUGGAGGUACAAAGUCCCGGCAUGCGCACUCCGCACAGCAUUCCCGGGGGAGGAGGACCAAUGAUUGGAGAUUUUAUUUCUGGGAAAGGCAGGAAAACGAUCGUUUCUCAGAUGUUACAAUCAUGAAGAGAUUUCCCAUUUCAUAAGAAUACUUGGAGAUUGUCCAGGGAAGCCGUAACCUUGGUCAUUGGGGGAGGGGACAUUAUCUGACCAAUCGAUACGUUUAUGGCCUGAUCUCUGGCUUGUAAAGUGAGAUUGGAUAUCAUACAUUGGAUAGCAGUUAUCAAACCCGAUCUAUGGAGGCCAAGAGGAGGAUCGGGAUCGUUGGCUUUGGCCAUGUCGGCCAUUUCCUGGCCCAGAAGAUUCUGGAGGAAGGAGAGAAGUGUGGUCUGGAGCUGGCCUUUGUCUGGAACAGAACGAUGAAGAAGAUGGAUGGGGUGAUCGACCCUCGGCUACAACUCCACCAACUUUCCCAAUUCCAGACCCGGCAGGCGGAUCUGAUUGUGGAAGUGGCUCACCCCGAUAUAACCCGAGAUUACGGAGAACAUUUCCUAUCUGCAGCCAACGUUAUGAUCGGAUCCCCCACCGUAUUAUCAGAUCCCGACAUUGAGCGCAGACUGAGGGAGACAGCGACCACCUCUGGACAUACAUUGUACGUUCCCAGUGGUGCAUUAUGGGGAGGAGAAGAUAUCCAGAGAAUGGCAGACCGCGGGACCCUUAAAGGUCUGAGGAUCACCAUGACCAAACACCCGGACAGUCUUCAUCUGAAGGGUGAGCUAGCACAGAAGAAUCGAGCUGUUGAUGGUCGGACAAUUCUAUAUGAAGGUCCAGUGCGUGGCUUGUGCCCCGUGGCCCCCAAUAACGUCAACACAAUGGCCGCUGCAUGCAUGGCUGCCCACACGCUAGGAUUCGAUGGUGUGAUCGGCGUUCUGGUGGCUGAUCCCAGGUGA